GUACUCUCUUCCCGUCCUUACGCAGUCUAGCCACACGCUCCCUCGCAUCCUACGACCUCACUCCUCCUCCUCCCCCUCCUCUUUUCCUCCGAUGGUUCAGAACUACGAUGUCGGCACCAGGGCGUGGCAGCCCGAUGCCACGGAGGGCUGGGUUGCCUCGGAGGUCAUCAGCAAAACUGUCGAUGGCUCCAAGGUUACGCUCGUUUUCCAGCUCGAAAAUGACGAGACCAAGACCCUCGAGGUCUCUGUCGAGGCCGUUCAGAAUGGCGACUCCUCCCUCCCACCGUUAAUGAAUCCGACAAUGCUUGAAGCGAGCGAUGAUUUGACCAAUCUUUCCCAUCUCAACGAGCCUGCCGUGCUACAAGCGAUCCGCCUCCGAUACCUACAGAAAGAGAUAUACACAUACAGCGGCAUUGUUCUAAUUGCAACAAAUCCGUUCGCCAAAGUAGAUUCCCUCUAUGUUCCGGGCAUGGUGCAAGUCUAUGCCGGCAGGCAGAGGGCGACACAAGCUCCCCAUCUGUUUGCCAUUGCCGAAGAAGCUUUCAUAGACAUGAUCCGGAGCGGGAAAAACCAGACUAUCGUCGUCUCGGGUGAGUCUGGUGCCGGUAAAACUGUCAGUGCCAAAUACAUCAUGCGGUAUUUCGCUACGAGAGAAGCUCCCGACAACCCCGGAGCUCGAUCCAAGAAGGGUAGCGAUUCUAUGAGCGAGACCGAGGAACAGAUUCUAGCCACCAACCCUAUUAUGGAAGCUUUCGGUAACGCUAAAACAACACGAAACGAUAACUCCUCGCGUUUCGGCAAGUACAUCGAGAUCAUGUUCGAUGACAAGACCAAUAUUAUUGGUGCUAGGAUCCGGACAUAUCUUCUGGAACGGUCAAGACUUGUCUUCCAGCCUCUGAAGGAGCGCAACUACCACAUCUUCUAUCAGCUCGUUGCCGGCGCAUCGGACAAGGAGCGUGAAGAGCUCAAUAUCCUCCCGAUCGAGCAGUUCGAGUAUCUCAACCAGGGCAACUGCCCCGCCAUUGACGGAGUCGAUGACAAGGCGGAAUUCGAGGCCACUAAGAGCUCACUCAAGACGAUCGGCGUCACGGAGUCUCAGCAAGCCGAAAUCUUCAAGCUUCUGGCCGGUCUCCUCCACCUUGGUAAUGUCAAGAUUGGCGCAUCCCGCAACGAUAGCGUCCUUGCACCGACGGAGCCGUCGCUGGAGUUGGCUUGCCGUAUUCUGGGCGUGAAUGGGGAGCAGUUUGCAAGGUGGAUCGUCAAGAAGCAGCUCGUCACAAGAGGCGAGAAGAUUACGUCGAACCUGACCCAAGCCCAGGCCAUCGUCGUCCGCGACUCUGUUGCGAAAUACAUCUACUCGAGCCUCUUCGACUGGCUCGUGGAGAUUGUCAAUAGAGGCUUGGCUGCCGAGGAAGUACUCAACCGCGUUCAGUCCUUCAUCGGCGUGCUUGAUAUCUACGGUUUCGAGCACUUUGCCAAGAACUCGUUCGAGCAGUUCUGCAUCAACUACGCCAACGAGAAGCUGCAGCAAGAGUUCAACCAGCAUGUCUUCAAGCUCGAGCAAGAGGAAUAUCUCAGGGAGGAGAUCGACUGGACUUUCAUCGACUUCUCCGAUAAUCAACCGUGUAUCGACCUCAUUGAAAGCAAGAUGGGAAUUCUUGGCCUACUUGACGAAGAAUCUCGCCUCCCCAUGGGCUCGGAUGAGCAGUUCGUGACGAAGCUCCAUCAUCACUAUGCCGGCGACAAGAAUCGGUUCUACAAGAAGCCAAGGUUUGGCAAGUCGUCCUUCACCGUCUGCCACUACGCCAUAGAUGUUACGUACGAGUCCGAGGGCUUCAUUGAGAAGAACCGCGACACUGUCCCCGACGAACACAUGGCGGUUAUGCGCGCUACAACAAACCCAUUCUUGCGGCAGGUUCUGGACGCCGCGUUGGCAGUGCGGGAAAAGGACGUGGCCUCGGCGUCAUCGAAUGCUGUGAAGCCCGCUGCCGGAAGGAAGAUCGGCGUCGCGGUGAAUAGGAAACCGACGCUCGGUGGUAUUUUCCGCUCCUCUCUCAUCGAACUAAUGCAUACGAUCAAUAACACGGAUGUCCACUACAUCCGAUGUAUCAAGCCCAACGAGGCGAAGGAGCCAUGGAAAUUCGAGGGGCCUAUGGUACUCAGCCAGCUCCGUGCCUGCGGCGUCCUGGAGACCGUCCGGAUUAGCUGCGCGGGAUACCCGACGCGGUGGACAUACGAGGAGUUCGCCUUGCGCUACUACAUGCUCGUUCCUUCCGACCAGUGGACGUCGGAGAUCCGGGAAAUGGCAGACGCAAUCCUCACCAAGGCGUUGGGCACGAGCUCCGCCAAGGGCAUGGACAAGUACCAGCUCGGUCUCACCAAAAUCUUUUUCCGAGCCGGCAUGCUCGCUUUCCUGGAGAACCUUCGCACUAACCGUCUGAAUGACUGCGCCAUCAUGAUCCAGAAGAAUCUCCGUGCCAAGUAUUAUCGCCAUCGCUACCUGGAUGCUCGCAACGCAGUCAUCAUCUUCCAGUCGGCCACUAGGGCCUAUCUUGCUCGUAAAGCUGCGCAGGAGCUCCGGACCAUCAAAGCUGCCACCACGAUCCAACGCGUCUGGCGCGGCCAGAAGCAGAGGAAGCAAUUUUUGCAAAUCAGACACGAUGUCAUUCUCGCGCAGGCCGCUGCCAAGGGCUACCUGCGCAGGAGGCAGAUCAUGGAGACGCGGGUGGGCAAUGCGGCAGUUCUGAUCCAGAGGGUCUGGCGCGCCAGGCGGCAGCUCAGGUCCUGGAGGCAAUACCGCAAGAAUGUCAUCAUCGUGCAGAAACUCUGGCGAGGCAGGGUGGCCCGGCGCGAGUACAAGAAGAUGCGGGAGGAGGCGCGCGACCUCAAGCAAAUCUCAUACAAGCUGGAGAACAAGGUGGUGGAGCUCACCCAGUCUCUCGGCUCGAUGAAGGCGCAGAACAAGACUCUGGUUUCUCAGGUGGAGAACUACGAAAGCCAGAUCAAGGCCUGGAAGAACCGUCACAAUGCGCUCGAAACGCGCACCAAGGAGCUGCAGACCGAGGCCAACCAGGCCGGCAUUGCUGUCGCGAGACUCCAGGCCAUGGAAGACGAGAUGAAGAAGCUCCAGCAGAGCUUCGAAGAGUCGACGGCCAACAUCAAGAGAAUGCAAGAGGAGGAGAGGGCGCUGAGGGAGUCGCUGCGCAGCACCAACUCGGAAUUGGAGAGCGUGCGGCAACAGAGUAUGCAGAUCGAGGAGGAGAAGAUGUCGCUGCGGCAACAGCUGGCCGAACUCCAGGAUCAGUUGGAGCUGGCCCGGCGCAUGGCUCCUGUCAAUGGAGACGCUGCCGCCAACAGUGUGCCCCCCGCUGCACCGCCGGCAAGCGGCCUGAUCAAUCUCGUCUCCUCGAAUUCCAAGAAGCCGAAGAGACGGAGCGCAGGUGCCGAGCCCCGCGAGGUCGACCGUUUCAGCGCGGCCUACAAUCCUCGGCCCGUGUCCAUGGCCGUGGCGAGCGCCAUGCAUAGACCCAACGUCGGCGGCCCUGCAUUUGUCCCCGGUGUCGACAGCAUCGAGAUUGAGCUUGAGAAUCUUCUGGCCGAUGAGGACGGUCUCAACGAGGAGGUUACCAUGGGCCUGAUUCGCAACCUCAGGAUCCCGUCUCCGAACACCAACCCGCCACCAUCCGAUAAGGAGGUUCUUUUCCCGUCGUAUCUCAUCAACCUGGUUACGUCCGAGAUGUGGAACAACGGGUUCGUGAAGGAAUCGGAGCGGUUCCUGGCGAACGUCAUGCAGUCCAUCCAGCAAGAGGUGAUGCAGCACGACGGGGACGAGGCGAUCAACCCCGGGGCCUUCUGGCUAUCCAACGUGCACGAGAUGCUCUCGUUUGUGUUCCUGGCCGAGGACUGGUACGAGGCCCAAAAGUCGGACAAUUACGAGUACGACCGCCUAUUGGAGAUCGUCAAGCACGACCUGGAGAGCCUGGAGUUCAACAUCUAUCAUACUUGGAUGAAGGUCCUAAAGAAGAAGCUGCACAAGAUGAUCAUUCCUGCCAUCAUCGAGUCUCAAUCCUUGCCCGGCUUCGUCACCAACGAGAGCAGCCGGUUCUUGGGCAAGCUGUUGCAGUCCAACUCGACGCCCGCGUACAGCAUGGACAACCUGCUUAGCCUCUUGAACAAUGUGUUCAGGGCCAUGAAGGCGUACUAUUUGGAAGAUUCCAUCAUCACGCAAACGGUCACGGAGCUGCUCCGACUUGUCGGCGUCACUGCGUUCAACGACUUGCUGAUGAGACGCAACUUCCUGUCGUGGAAGCGGGGCCUGCAAAUUAACUACAACAUCACACGGAUAGAAGAGUGGUGCAAGAGUCACGAUAUGCCCGAGGGCACUCUUCAGUUGGAGCAUCUCAUGCAAGCAACCAAGCUUCUCCAGUUGAAGAAGGCAACCCUGAAUGACAUUGAGAUUAUUCAGGAUAUCUGCUGGAUGCUCUCUCCCAACCAAAUCCAGAAGCUCCUGAAUCAGUAUCUCGUCGCCGAUUACGAGCAGCCGAUUAAUGGGGAAAUCAUGAAGGCGGUUGCCUCGCGAGUAUCUGAGAAGGGCGACGUUCUGCUUCUCCAGGCUGUCGAUAUGGACGACAGCGGACCGUACGAGAUUGCGGAGCCUAGGUCUAUCACAGCGCUAGAAACUUACACGCCGUCAUGGCUACAAACGCCAAGGCUGAAGCGGCUCGCGGAGAUUGUGUCGGCACAGGCCAUCGCGCAACAAGAGAAGAUGGACGACUACGAGGUUGACGAAGAUUUCGAGGGCAACGGCGACCUGAAAGAGGACGGGGUUGAUGACGAGGUUCAGGUUCCUGCUAAGCGGCUUUCGGCUUGAAACGAUCAUCGUCACCUCCCCCCUUUUUCGGACGACGAAUCCAGUUCCGUAGACUAUGACGAGCCCAACGGUCGCGUUUAUCAGACUAGAUACCCAUUUUGAGCCCGCUGCUUUCUCGACCAUCCUGUUGGUUCGGUAGCCAGUGUGAGGGGGAGACGACGAACCUUUUUCCCACGCUUGUGUCAGACCACAGGUUUGUUUUCCAUUUGGAUAUCUACGACAUCCGCUUGCGUUGGUAAUGUACAGGAAAGACGAGAAAACAGGACGAGAAAGGGAGAAGAGAGAAGAGACAAGAUUUAGAGACGUCUUGUGUGGUUAGGAUACCACCCGUAUUCAUUCAAGGCUGGCGCCCAAAAGGGGUUGGCUUUGCGGUUGGGGUCAACAUGUAUAUGUAGUGAGCCUCUCGUGUUUUUAUGCCACAAGGGAAGAGGAGAGCGAGACGAAGCUGCCAGACUCGCGGUUCACUC